GCGUGUUAGGUCCGCCCCGGUGUCCGGUUCCCCGUCGUGACGUCACUUGCUGGACUCGGGCGGCUGCGCGAGGUCGGGACGGGCGGGGGUCGCGUGCAUACACCGCGACCAGCGGAGACUCUUGAUUUAUUUUUUUAUUUUAUUGUCCAGAUAAAUCUCACCAUCAGCCCCAAAACACGCCGAAUAACCCCCCACCGGCACGAGAUCACAGUCACCGGCGGAGCUCCGGGAGAUCAGACGCCUGCGGCCUCCGUAAAAAGUUUCUCGCCAGCGCUCGUGACAGCGGCGGGAAUCUUGGGCGGCUCUGGGAUUUAACGAGAGCGGAAUUUAUCCGACAACUACACAACUAUCUUCAGAUACUAUAAACAUCAGCACAAAGACAGUUAUUUUCACCAGACCGACAGUCUCAGCGCCCCCGCCCGUGUCCUCCGGUAAACUGACGGUAAAGUCUCUCAUCCGACCGACCAGCUGAUCUGAUUUUCACUAGGAACGGAUGACCGACAGAAGUACACACACAACAACCAACACACACCGUAUUCGGUAAAGCAUGGCUGCUUCAGUGAAGGUAGCUGUAAGGGUUCGGCCAUUCAAUGCCCGGGAAUACAGCCGGGAUGCAAAAUGUGUCAUACAGAUGCAGGGGAACACAACCUGUAUCUGGAACCCAAAACAACCCAAAGAAGCAAAGAAUUUCACCUUUGAUUAUUCCUACUGGUCUCACAGUACAGAGGAGGACCCAGCGUUUGUGUCACAGCAGCAGGUGUAUCUGGACAUUGGUGAGGAAAUGUUGCUUCACGCCUUUGAAGGAUACAAUGUGUGUAUAUUUGCUUAUGGUCAGACUGGAGCUGGGAAAUCCUACACUAUGAUGGGGAAACAAGAACCAGGACAACAUGGCAUUAUACCACAGAUGUGUGAGGAUUUGUUCAAGCGUAUAUGUGAGAAUUCAGACCCUGAGCUCUCUUACUCUGUAGAGGUGUCGUUUAUGGAGAUCUAUUGUGAGAGAGUGAGAGAUCUUUUAAACCCAAAGAGUAAAGGAGCACUUAGGGUUCGAGAACAUCCCAUUAUGGGUCCAUAUGUAGAAGACCUGUCCAAACUGGCUGUGACAUCAUAUGAUGACAUCAAAGACCUCAUGGAUUCAGGAAACAAGGCCCGGACAGUGGCGGCGACAAACAUGAAUGAGACAAGCAGCCGCUCACACGCUGUCUUCACAAUCAUCUUUACUCAACACCGUAGAGAUCAGAUGACCAACCUCCUCACAGAGAAGGUGAGUAAGGUGAGUCUGGUUGAUUUAGCGGGUAGUGAACGUGCAGAUUCAUCAGGAGCCAAAGGUGUGAGAUUAAAGGAAGGGGCGAAUAUUAAUAAAUCUCUCACUACGCUGGGCAAAGUCAUCUCUGCGCUGGCUGAAAUGCAAACCAGCAAAAGAAAGAAAUCUGAGUUUAUUCCCUACAGAGACUCUGUGCUCACCUGGAUACUAAAGGAGAACCUGGGUGGUAAUUCUCGUACUGCUAUGAUCGCUGCUCUCAGUCCUGCAGACAUUAACUAUGAAGAAACACUCAGCACCCUCAGAUAUGCUGAUCGUGCAAAGCAGAUCCGCUGUAAUGCUGUAAUUAAUGAGGAUCCUAAUGCUCGCCUGAUCAGAGAGCUGAAGGAGGAGGUGAAUCGACUCAGAGAUCUGCUGAUGGCACAAGGACUGAGCCAACUCAUCACAACACCAGCUGCAGAAGUCAACAAUAACCGUGUUACCGCUGUUACUCUCCUGCCUGCUGAAUCCGCCUCUAACGGAGCUCCACCCAUCACAGGAGAUAGCUCCGCCCCCGAGGAUGACCCUGCCUCUCAGGAUAGCCAUUGCCAAUUAGAAGAGUUUCAGAGUGAGAUCAUUACUAAUGAGGAAGCAGUGGAGAGAUUAAAGGAAACAGAGAAGAUCAUCGCUGAACUGAAUGAGACAUGGGAGGAGAAACUGAGAAAAACUGAGUCUAUACGAUUGGACAGAGAGUCGGUUCUGGCUGAGAUGGGCGUCUCCAUUAAACAAGAUGGAGGAACUGUAGGAGUGUUCUCACCUAAAGGGACGCCUCACCUGGUGAAUCUUAAUGAAGAUCCAUUGAUGUCAGAAUGUUUGCUGUAUUACAUCAAAGAGGGAGUGACCAGGGUCGGUCAGAAGAAUGUGGACAUUAAACUGACUGGUCAGUGUAUUAAAGAGGAACACUGUGUAUUUUACAGUCACAUCAAUAACAAUGGAGAAGUGGAGGUGAUUCUGGAGCCGUUGGACGGAGCGGAGACGUAUGUGAACGGGAAACAGAUCUUGGAGCGUCAGACGCUCAGACAGGGUCACCGUAUUGUGAUGGGUAAGAACCACGUCUUCAGAUUCAAUCACCCGGAGCAGGCACGUUUGGAGCGAGAGCGCAGUUCUUGCCUGGAGCUGCAGGGGGAGGCCGUGGACUGGAAUUACGCCCAGAAAGAGCUGCUGGAGAAACAGGGCAUCGACAUUAAACUAGAGAUGGAGAGAAGGUUACAGGAUGUGGAGGUUCAGUAUCGACGAGAGAAAGAGGAAGCAGAUUUGUUGCUGGAACAGCAGAGACUGUACGCAGACUCAGACAGUGGAGAUGAUUCAGAUAAACGCUCCUGUGAGGAGAGCUGGAGACUCAUUUCAUCUCUCAGAGAGAAACUACCAGCUAACAAGGUGCAGUCUAUAGUGAAGCGCUGCGGUUUGCCCAGCAGCGGUAAGCGGCGAGAACCAUUGCGAGUCUACCAGAUACCACAGCGCCGGAGAAUCUGCAAAGAUCCCGAGCAAGUGACGUUGAGCGACCUAAAGCUCCAGGCGGUGAAGGAGAUCUGUUACGAGGUGGCGCUCGGCGACUUCCGACACUCUCGCCGUGAGAUGGAGGCGCUGGCCAUCGUUAAGAUGAAGGAGCUGUGCCGCAUGUACGGCAGACGGGACGAGGCGGAAAAGGAGGCGUGGAGAGAGGUGGCGCAGGACGUCUGGGAGACGGUGGGCCUGGGAGACGAGCGGGCGCAGGAGAACACGGACGCCUGCACGGACGGGGAAAACGGCAAAAGUGGCGUGCACGAUCUAAAAGCGCAUAUCGACAAAUUGACGGAUAUUUUACAGGAGGUCAAAGAGCAGAACAACAUGAAGGAUGAGGAAAUCAAAGCCCUCAGAGAUAGAAUGAUAAAGAUGGAGAGCAUCAUACCAGCAGUACAGCAGGAUGAUGAAUCAUCAGAGGAUCUGACUGAAAAAGUCGUCCAGGGGCGGAGCGAUGAGGACGAUGGGCGCGGCUCACAACUUCCCAAAGAGCAACGGGUGACACGACUGAUGGAAGAAGACCCCGCCUUCCGCCGGGGCCGUCUGCGCUGGCUCAAACAGGAGCAAACGCGUCUGCACAACCUACAGCAGCAGCAGAUCACCAAGCAGCUACGCCGAGGGGCGGGCGGAGGAGAGGCCGUCGUUCACCUUCCCGGUACGGGCCGCUUCAUUCCUCCGCAGGACUGCAAGCUGAAGUUCCCCUUUAAGAGCAACCCGCAGCACCGGCUCUCCUGGGGGCCGAACGACUGUAAGGAGGAGCGUAACGAGACUCGGAGCUCCGCCCCUUGCGUGCCAGUACUUCCUGUACCUUUUCAGGUGCCGGUCAUCAUGCGAACGCCUUCUCCCGGUCGCCCUUGGACGCCUCGCCACUACCCCAAUGGAAGCAACGGCAAUCACUUUCCACAGCAGUGGCAGUACAGGCGCAACUCGCUGGAUGGCUCUGCCUUGCCCGGCAACCAGGGUUACUAUAGCAACGCUCAUCACAACAACAACUCGCAGCAGGCGGGCCGCGGCCGAUAUCGGCGUCAAUCGCCGGGCCCUUGGUCACGAGGACAGGAGGAGGGUAACGCCACGGCGUACACGCAGACGUGGGGCCGUCACCAGCAACCUCCCCAAAACUACCAGACUGCACCGCACGCGUCUGGAAGUUGGACGAACAACCACAAAGCCCAGGGGUACGUCACCCCUCCACGAAUGAGACGACAGUUUAGUGCACCUGACCUGAAGAGUAGAGAAACACCCGUCUGACGUGACAUCAUGCACUUUACUGGGCUCCUGUGUGUGUGUGUGUGUGCCUGUGUGCGUGCAUGCGUGUGUGUGUGAACUUUCCAUCAUUUUAAGUCAGAAAGAGAUUUUAUGCAAGUAUGCAAACUCAGAUGUGGAUGCUGGUGAUCGUUCUGUUCCUGUUGUGCGUCCUUCUCGUGUGUUCUUGUUGUGUUAUUGUAGCAGUAAGUGUUUAACUUCAGACUGUUACGCUCUCGACCUGAAUGAGAAACUGACUUUCAGAAGUCUACACUAAUGCAAUAGCUGUUGAUGUCAGGAAUGCAAUGGUGCAAUAAAUCAAUCUGUGUUGUGUUUGCAUACUUGCGUAGGUUGUGUCCCAUAUUGUUGUUGGUGUUAGUUAGAUGAUUCAAACACGCAGCCCCUCAAAACUCUCUCUCUCUGUGUGUGUGUGUGUGUGUGUGUGUGUGUAUCUCCACAGUAACUCACAGUAACUAGUUGUGCAUUGAAUCACUCAGCAGUAGAUGUUAUGUAUUCAUGCCUCAGUGCCUUAAUGUCUGUGAGAUGUUGGAGAUUUGAUUGAUUGAUUGAAGUGAAGUUUCUGAGCUCAUAAUAACAGGCAGAUAUCUGACAGACAGUUAUGGUGCGUUCACACCAGAUGCGACUGAAGCGUUAAGUGUGGGAAAUUUACAUUUUAAGUCAAUGCAAAGAUGCGAUAGACAUCCUGCGGCACGAUUCGCAUGAAUGAGGCAACACAAAUGACGUGUGCAAAUUGAGUGUUUUGCACGAGUUGAAAAAUCUAAACUUUGGUCGGAAAAAUUAGAACUUUUUUUGUAUAUUCGUGCCGUGUUAACCAAUCAGGAGCUUGCUCUAGUAGUGAUGUGAUUAAGAUGAAGCGAGCUGAGGCAGAAAUACGAAACAACAGUGGAGAAAGCCGACAAAUUGAGCGUAUUUGCAUCUAUAUUUCACGCACGAAUGAUGCAAGUUAACUCAGAAUGUUCAAGUGUUCAACUACCCGUGAAUAGUGUGAUUUAUUCACUUGAUUCGCUUCUGGUGUGAACGCUGCGACUCCAGUGACUGUAGAACGACGUUGUGCGUGUAUGUUUAUACAUCUGACUCUAGAGAUGAAUCACGAGAAUGAUGUUUGAUUCUUUAAAUGAUUUGACUUUGUUCGGGAGUUCAGUUUGAAUGUGGAUGAACAUUUAAUUCAUAACCAACAAUUUUUUAACUUUUUAAAGUGAGCUGUAGAUUUCACCUGUCCACACACACACAAUAGGGCCUUUCACACUGGAAAUAGUUAACUCUUUCAGUUAGGUCAUUCUAAACCCCAGGUUAAUGGAAUGCUGGGUUAUCUGUUUGACAUUUCACACUGUUCAUACUUAACCGGGGGUUAAGAGAUAAUCCUGGGUAAUUAUAAUCUGACGUUUUACACUGUGCAUUCCUAAACCUCAACACCUUGAUGCGCUUCAGCUGGGUUUAAUUGGGGUCAUAUCAUUAUAACCCUGCUUUGUUUCACACUGCAUGCGUUUGGCAAUGCAGGGUUAACCCUACAAAAGCAGGGCUCAUCAUAACCCUGGGUUAAUUUAAGGUAUAACCCCACUUCUGAAUUACAAGUGUGAAACGAUCCUUAACCCAGGGUUAAGAGCAGUGUGAAAAGUCCUAAUGAGAACUGAAUCCAACAUCAACAACUAAUAGAAACAGAUGAAGAUCAGGAGGAGAAUGAUCAUGCACACAGAGGUCUGUAGAUAUAGCUGUCCAGCAUCCCUGCAUCACCUCACUCACUCUCUGCUGGAGGAGGGGGGUUUGAUCUGGGUUUGGGGGGUAAUAUUUCGAGCUCAGAGCCCUCCCCUCGGAUAUGCUUUAUUUCAUAGUCAAUGACAUGUUAAUGUGAACUCGUAAAACAGCUUCAGUGAUGACACCAGCAACAGCUUUAUAAACGACUUCAUAUUGAGGAACUUCAUCAUACAGAACUGACGUGAACGAGACAAAAGAACUGACAGACUGUGAUGAAAAGAAAGAGUAAGAUAAGAAAAGUGUGCAGCACUGAUGAGACUUCAGAUUGAUGAUAGAAACGUCAUGUUGAAUUGUUGUGGUCGUGUGAUGUUUCUCAUGAGAGGAGUGAUAAAGAGGUUUUCAGUUUUGCUUUUUAUGCUAUCUGGAAUAAAAUGACUUCUGUUUUACCAGCAGUAGUAGUUUGAUAAGAAAUAUCAUCUGAUAUGAGACGUGAUGUGGAGAUGUUUUGAGUGGACAUUGUGAAGAUCAUCUGUAGAUUGAGAGUAAAGUCACAUCUGGGUUUAUGCUGUAAUAUAACCGUACAGAUGAGCUCAGUAAUGGAUACAUCACGGCAAUGGUUAAGAUAAAUAUCAUGCUUGGAAAGAUGACAGAUGAUUCUACAACAAAAUCUACUGCUUCACCCGUUUAGUUUUUGAUCUUUGUUAGCUUUAGUAUAGUUUAUGAUUCACAUUUUGUUUAGCAUGUGUUUGGGUGCUCAUGUAUGUUUAAUCUGCUGGGUUAUAUAUAGACGUGAUGAGCUGUGUGCGUGCACGUGUGUGUGUGUGUGUGCGAGUGCGCAUGUGUUAAGGUGUUCAGCUCCAGACAUCAUGAACUGCUUUGGUUUCAUUUAUUUUCACUUUUUGUUGCUCUUUCUUGUUUCUGGAUUUUAAGUGACUGUACUUGGUUUUAAAAACCACAAAAUGUCAAUAAAAACAUUUAAAAUGAUGAAAA